AACCUAUUACGCCGCUCACUAUGUCCCACCAACGAGUUUCCUUCGAGCCCAGAUACGAUUUCGAACUGACGGACACACCCACAUCGCAGCAGCGAUGGCGGGAGUGGGGCGAUGAGUCACCAACAGGACCACCGUCGCUCGCUUCCGGAUACAGUAAUCUCGAGCUGCCAAUCACGAAAAAGUCGGCAUCACAGACGUCACUGCCAACCGAGUGGAAGCCAAGUACGAGGGUGAAGCUAAUCGUUCUUACGAUGUGUACCGUUACGUUGCUGAUCGCCCUGGAUGCGACAUCGCUUUCCGUGGCGCUGCCGGUUAUGGCGGAAGAGCUGAAUGCGGAUGCUAUUACGGCUUUCUGGGCGGGCACGUCGUAUCUAUUGUGUGCAACGGUUUUUCAGCCCACUCUGUCGUCGCUUUCGGGGAUCUUUGGUCGCAAGCCGGUGAUUAUCUUUGCACUCACGUUGUUCACCGCAGGCGCGAUCAUAGCAGCACUCGCCAAUAAUUUCACCGUGAUACUGGUCGGCCGGUGUAUCCAGGGAGUCGGCGGUGGUGGCCUAAUAGCGCUCGCGGAGAUCGUCAUCACUGAUUGUGUGCCGAUGCGGCAGCGUGGAAAGUACUUUGCUUUCCUCUCGGGAACAAACUCGCUCGGGUCGGUGGCGGGGCCGGUAGUGGGUGGUGGAUUCUCGGGUGAGGUUUCGUGGAGGUGGAUUUUUUGGAUCAAUAUUCCCUUUUGCGUCGUGCUUGCUGUCAUGAUACCGCUUUUUGUCAAGCUGAAGCUGCGUCGGGAAGGCAUGCUGGCGAAGUUGAUGAAAGUGGAUUGGUUCGGCUCCUUCAUUUUUGUCAGUUCGACCACAUCGCUACUCAUCCCGCUGUCUUGGGGAGGUGUGAUGUACUCCUGGUCCUCAUGGCGAACUCUGCUCCCACUCCUAGCGGGCUUAGCCGGCCUGACCAUCUUCGUCCUGUGGGAAAUCUACGGCGCCGAAAAUCCCACCAUCAACAUGCGUUUGUUCAUGGACCGCAACGCGGCGGCUGGCUACUUCAGUGCGGCGACAGCCGGGCUGAUCCUUUGGUCGCUACUGUAUUACCUCCCAAUCUACUUUGAGCUCGUCAAAGGCUACACUCCCAUGCAAGCCGGCCUUGCCUGCUUCCCCGAGACUUUCACCGUCAUGCCAGCCGCCGUCGUCACAGGCGUCCUGAUCACCAAGACCGGCCGUUACCGAUGGGCUCUCUGGGGUGGCUGGUCGCUCACCGCUACUGGGAUGGGGAUAAUGUACAUGAUCGACGUGGGCACCCCGAUGCGCCACUGGAUCCCCAUGAACGUUGUUGCUGGCGUCGGGCUUGGGAUGGUAUUCCCCGGUACCAACUACUGCAUCCAAUCCGGCGCCUCGGACAAAGACAUGGCCACCGCCGUCGGGCUGUACUCGUUCAUGCGGUGGGUCGGGCAAGGCCUGGGCAUCGCCGCGGGCGGGGUGAUCUUCCAGAACGCGCUGAAGAACGAAUUGAAGAAGUUCCCGGAGCUUGCGAGCGGUGCACACGGCUAUACGACCGAUGCGGUGGGCAUCGUAGGGUUCAUCAAGAGGAUGCCUAGUGGGCCCUUAAAAACACAAUUCGUGCAGGCAUAUACGAACGCACUGCAGAUCGUGUGGAUCUCGAUGUUGGGGUUUGCGCUGGCGGGCCUGUUCGCCACUAUUUGGGUUAGAGAGUUGACACUGGAUCGGGAGCUGAAGACGGAGCAAGCAGUGGUCGAGGAGGAUGGGGAUGAGCGUCGAUAG